GCUUCAUUAUGGCAAAAGAAGUGGAGGAUAGGAAAAACGGGACCAAUUCUGAUCUCACAUCAUCUUUAGAUUUUAGUUCAUCUUUGGUUCACAGUGUAAAGACGCGUAUAUUCAAAAUUAUUUUAAUAGGGGAUUCUAACGUGGGCAAGACGUGUCUAACCUUCCGAUUUACUGGUGGAACCUUCCCUGACAAAACGGAGGCUACGAUCGGUGUGGAUUUCAGAGAGAAACCUGUGGAGAUUGACGGCGAGAUAAUUAAGGUACAGGUAUGGGAUACUGCUGGACAGGAGCGUUUCAGGAGGAGUAUGGUGGAGCACUAUUACCGCAAUGUACAUGCAAUCAUCUUUGUCUAUGAUGUCACCAAAAUGACCUCCUUCCAGAAUCUCAAGUUAUGGAUACAGGAAUGCAAUAGCCAUCAUGUCUCACCUUUGGUUCCACGGGUUUUGGUGGGCAACAAGUGUGAUUUGGUGAGCCAGAUUCAGGUGCCUUCUAACACAGCUCUCAAGUUUGCAGAUGCUCACAACAUGCUGUUGUUUGAAACAUCUGCCAAAGACCCCAUAGAGAGCCAAAAUGUGGACUCUAUAUUUAUGUGCCUGGUUUGUCGGCUUAAAGCUCAGAAAUCCCUGAUCUACAGGGAUGUGGAGAGGGAAGAUGGCAAAGUGAAGCUGUCGCAGGAAACCAAUGCAAGAAAACACUGCUCAUGUUGAAUGCCACCACAGCAGAGGUUUCCUUACAUCAAU